CGGGUGGUCCUCUGCUCCCGGAGACGAGGGAAACCUAUGGUUAUGAGGGGUGGGGAGGUAAUUACUGGGGAGAGGGUACCCCCUUGCUUUCAGAAAAUGACAGGGGAAUUGGCCAGGUGUCCUCUAAUUGAGAGGUAAGAGAAAUGAGGGCAGAAUCUUACCCGAGGGUCUGGACCUAGGAGUCAGAGGAAGGAAGACUUGGCUAGAUUAGGAGCAGGGAAACCCUGAAUUCUCAAAAGGAGAGCUGCAGGGUGUCAAAGAGAACCAGGAAGUAGGGGUUUCCUCCAUGUCUGGAGACUCUUCCCAUCCACCCAGCCCCCUUCCUUGCCUUGGCUAGUAUUAUGGAACAUUUUCGUAAGGGCUUGGGCCUGCUCUUAAUUUCUCAGUCAUAUAAUUUGAUUUUCAUCUAUACUUGAUCAAUUCCUUUGAUUAGCUACGUUCUCCCAAGCUUCUUUGGGUUAGUUUGGGCCUUAUUUUGUUGGUUCCUUAGACUCUUGAGGGAUGACUUAAAAAACAUAUCCAUUGAUACCUCCAAACACCUAUAUAGAAGACUCCAAUCUCAUUUGUAUAAAACUUCAUUUCCUUAAGUAAUAAAGUUGCAUCUUGGAGAUUUCUUUUUUUUGUUUGUUUUCAUCCGGCAGUGAUGGUGCGCACCUUUAUUCCCAGCACCAGGAGGCAGAGCAGGCAUAUUUAUUUUUGUUUUUUUGGUCGUUUGUUUGUUUGUUUGUUUUCUAGACAGGGUUUCAUAGCGAGUUCCAGACAAACCUGGGCUACAAGCAGCCCCAGCUAGCUGACUUCAUGUGAAAGAUGGCUAAUGCGGAAGUGAGUGUCCCAGUGGGAGAUGUGGUUGUGGUACCCACUGAAGGAAAUGAAGGGGAGAAUCCUGAAGACACUAAAACCCAAGUGAUCUUGCAGUUACAGCCUGUGCAACAAGGGAUUUAUGAUCCUGGGUCGGAGAACAAUGCAGCAGUUGUAGCCGUAGAAACCCACACGAUACACAAAAUUGAAGAAGGAAUCGAUACAAGCAGUAUAGAAGCAAAUGAGGAUAUGGAAAUUGCUUACCCUAUAACCUGUGGAGAGAGUAAAGCCAUUCUCCUCUGGAAGAAGUUUGUGUGUCCAGGAAUAAAUGUGAAAUGUGUCAAGUUCAAUGAUCAAUUGAUCAGCCCCAAGCAUUUUGUUCAUCUGGCUGGCAAGUCCACUCUGAAGGACUGGAAGAGAGCCAUUCGUCUAGGUGGCAUCAUGCUCAGGAAAAUGAUGGACUCUGGACAGAUUGAUUUUUACCAGCAUGACAAAGUUUGCUCCAAUACCUGCAGGAGCACCAAGUUUGACCUUCUGAUCAGCAGUGCAAGAGCUCCAGUGCCAGGCCAGCAGACAAGUGUGGUGCAGACCCCCACCUCGGCCGAUGGUAAUAUCACGCAAAUUGCCAUCUCAGAGGAGAGCAUGGAAGAGGCUGGGCUAGAGUGGAACUCAGCUCUCACUGCUGCUGUCACCAUGGCCACAGAGGAAGGCAUAAAAAAAGACUCUGAAGAAAUCUCAGAGGACACUUUGAUGUUCUGGAAAGGAAUAGCUGAUGUAGGGUUGAUGGAUGAGGUCAUCUGUAAUAUACAGAAGGAGAUAGAAGAGCUUCUCAGGGGCGUUCAGCAGCGGCUCAUCCAGGCUCCCUUCCAGGUCACAGAUGCUGCUGUUCUAAACAAUGUGGCCCAGACAUUUGGCCUCAUGGACACGGUCAAGAGAGUUUUGGACAACAGACGGAAGCAAGUGGAGCAGGGAGAAGGCCAGUAUCUCUACACCCUGGCAGACUUGGAACGGCAGUUGGAAGAGCAAAAAAAGCAAGCCCAAGAUCCUAGACUGAAACCCCAGACGGUUCAAAAUGUGGUACUAAUGCCUGUGAGCACCCCAAAGCCUCCAAAAAGACCCCGGCUCCAGCGGCCAGCCUCCACCACUGUCCUGAGCCCCUCUCCUGUCCAGCAGCCGCAGUUUACUGUCAUCUCACCCAUCACUAUCACCCCCGUCGGUCAGUCAUUCUCUAUGGGCAAUGUUCCAGUGGCUACCCUCAGCCAGGGCUCCAGUCCUGUGACUGUCCACACACUGCCUUCUGGCCCUCAGCUCUUCCGAUAUGCCACAGUGGUUUCCUCUGCCAAGAGCAGCUCGCCAGACACAGUGACCAUCCACCCUUCGUCAAGCUUGGCACUGCUGAGCUCCACCACUAUGCAGGAUGGUAGUACCCUGGGCAACAUGGCCACCAUGGUGAGCCCUGUGGAGCUGGUGGCCAUGGAGUCUGGCCUGACUUCAGCAAUCCAGGCUGUCGAAAGCACCUCGGAGGAUGGUCAGACCAUCAUUGAAAUUGACCCAGCUCCAGACCCUGAGGCCGAAGACACUGAGGGCAAAGCAGUCAUCUUGGAGACAGAGCUGAGGACUGAGGAGAAAGUGGUGGCCGAGAUGGAAGAACACCAGCAUCAGGUCCACAAUGUGGAGAUUGUGGUUUUGGAGGACUAACUAGGGAUGGGGCCAAGAGCUAUGUUUUGGUUUGGAAUUUUAAUUAUGUUUAUUUUUAUCAUUGUCCCACUCAUUUCCACAUAGAACCUUUUUUUAAAAAAAAAAACAAACUACAAAAUCUCGUUGUAACUGACAAUGUUGGGUUCCUCCUACCCCCUCACUGACAGACAAAUGGACAGAACAAGCUACCUUUCCUGAAGUUAGGAACAGGUCAUCCAGUGUCCUAAUCAUCUUACCCCAAGGAAGGUAUUGCUUUUAGGGGAGGCGUCAAAAUAACCAGGAACCCUUUCCAGAAUAGUCUGUCUGUGUACACAUGCAUGGUCUCACUCUUGUAAAGAUGCAUUGACCAAACUCUGGAACACAGACCUGACACCGGAAGACGACUGCUCCCACAUGGAUAUAGAAGGGUGCUUGCCUCUGUAUCCUGGAUGUGGCCUCAGAGGCCAGUGCAAAACUCGGAAGCAAAAGGAAGUUGAACUCUGCUUAGAGUGGAAAGUAGCAUGCCAUCAUCAGCUUAAAAGGGGAAGUCCUUUAACAAGGAGAGGGCAAGGAGGGAUCUUCCAAAGGAGCAUCUGGUGCCCCUCGAGCUCUUUGAGGGUUGGGUUCCAUUUUGAGAAGAGUGACAUGCAGAAGGGCACACAGAAAUCAAGGGGUUGUCAAAACUGUGCUUUAGGGACAGCUCACCUUGCCCCCAGCCUUGUCAAAGCGCUCACCCUCCUUACAGAAUUGUCAGUCGGUUCCUGUGCAGACUGAUGUGGUGCACAUUGCUCUAGUUCUUGGACUGUGGCUGUCAUGGGGUGGGGCUCCAAGGCCAUCAUUUUUGUUUCUUGACUCCAGGAAUGGCAGAGUUCCUCAUGCAGACCAGCUGUUAUUUUGGGGAGCCCUGCAUUGCAAGUGUGGGGUGUGUGUGUGUGUGUGUGUGUGUGUGUGUGUGUGUGUACAUGUUUUGGCUUUGGAACCAAACACAGUCACUCACUUGGUGCUUCCCCUUCUCUUCAUCCUUCAGUCUCCUGGAUCCCACGCUCUGCAGCGUUUUGGCUGAUUUGGAGAACAGUGACAGGUGCCUGCCUGCCUCCAUUCCCUUUGAGAGUCACUUCUUCCGUUUAUGCCACAGAUGCUUCUGGGAGAUACUGAGCUCAUAAAAAGACUUAGGCUUGGCAGGGAAGACUGGAAACACCCCCAGCCUUCCCUGAGGCAUGGACUAGAUGUCUCCUGAGUGAGCUGGACUCCCUGGGAAAGAAACAUUGUCUGUGACAAUUAAGUCUGGGAGUGGGGGCUUCUUGCUAAAUGUUGUUUGUAUAUUUAGACCUGGGUCACGUUCCGUGCUGAGAUCCCUUCUCUUUGACUCUCUUCAGUGUUGGGGAAGAGUGGACAAUUUGAUUUCUUUAAUUAUCAGUUCCUGAUUUCUUUAAUUAUAUUGUUUACUGUAAUAGGGAAAAUAUAGAUACUCUACAGAUGACUUAAAGAAUAGGCCAGAAAAGCACACAGCUUAGGAGUUGGAACAUUUAUUAUUAUUAUUAAAAGUAAAAUUUUGACCUUAGUUUCUUAAAAAAAAAAAAAAAAUAGAGGAUGCCUACCUUAACCUGUCUUCCUACCUGUGGGUUUUGGAAGCUGUAAAGCAACUAACUGUUCUCCCAUCUCUUAGAUGGCCAUAUAUAGCCAGAGAAGGCUUCAGGUCACUCUGGAGACCCUAAGAGUGGGAUUUCUGAACUCAAUUCAGAUGUGUUUCAGAUUUAAAACUUGUCUUUUCAGAAUAUUUAGUUGGGCUGGGACAGAACUUAGUUGGUAAAGUUCUUGCCUAGCAUUCAUGAAACCCUGGCUUGAGUCUCUGCCAUGAAAUAAACUGGGCGUGUGGGCACAUGCCUUUGAUCCUUGGGAAGUAGAAACAGGAGACUCAGAAAUUCAAGGUCAUUCUCAGCUCUGUAGCAAGUUCAAGACUAACCUGGGAUACAUAAAAUGCUGUCUCAAAAAAAAAAAAAUGUGUUUCGAACAAGCUUUUGGUCCUUUAUGCAUUUUUAGUGAAGGAACUGGAAUUUCUGGCUUCCUUAGAUUUUCUGUUAAUUCAUAAGAAUUUUUAUUAUAUGUAUUUAUGUGUGUGCGUGUGUGCGUGUGUGCGUGUGUGUGUGUGUGUGUGUGUGUGUGUGUGGUGUGUGUCUGUGUGUGUGUGUGUGUGUGUGUGUGUGGUGGAGAGCUUGCUAUAGUGUGUGUGUGGAGGUCAGAGAACAAGUUGCAGGAGUCAGUUCUCUCCUUCCACCAUGUGGGUCCUGGGAAUUGAACUCAGGUUGCCAGGCUUGGUGGCAAGCACCAUCAUCCACUGAGCCCUCUUGCCAGCCCUAAAAGUUUCAGGGUAAGUCUGAAACUAUUACUUGAACCUAGAAAGCCACAUCUCAUUCCUGUUGUACUCUUUAGGUCAUUUCUCUUUUCCAGAGAUGAAAGAACCAAUUCGGGACACGGGAGGAGCCCUAGAGAAUAGAGACAGUCUUGUUCAGGUCCUUUCUUUUGCCCAUCACAGCUGUUGUAGCAUAAAAGGUCGUGUGAGCAUCAUGCUUCCAAAGUCAGGUGUCCUCUGGAGACAGCCUGUUUACUUUAAACAUUCUGGCAGGUGGAUUACAUGAGUUUUGUUGUUUUCUGGUCUUCCAAUUGCUGUCAUUGCUAGCUGCUGUGGUACUGUGAGAUCUCUCACAGCCCUGGUCUAGAUGAUUUCAGAUGGGGUGAGACACUUGCAAGUUACUGAUGUGUGAAUAAGCAAUUGCAAUGAAAUUACUCCUCAGGCUGACUUGAUGGUAGCUAUCUUUUCUCUAGCCAUUCAUUAAAUAAACAUUUGUAAGUACUAUCUA